AUGUCACCGUUCAAAGACCCAAACCCCCGCCAAGACGGCAAGAAAGCCAAAUCCUAUCCCAACCCAGACAAAAUGGAUAUAGAGGGCUGGUUAUCCACACUUCCUCCAUCAGCCUGCUCGCCACGCACCAUGCCCCAGUCUACCCAACACUCUAAGCGUUUCGGCUUCCGAGAUCUUCUCUGCGCCAUCUGGCUAACCAUCGUAUCUAUCUUUACCGUGAUUAGCGUCUUUAGCAGUGUCGACAUAGUGAAGAUGCUAGCUUGGAGACACCGCGAUGAUAUUGUUCUCUCUUUUUACUUCAAGUUCAGCCAAUUGUUCCUGCAGAGUUACUUCAAACUGGCCCAGUGGAAGAAUUCCGCGAACUAUGUGCCGGAAAUGAGAUACUGGGGCAUUAUGGACUUGCGACCGGUCAUCUCCCUGUGUAUUGUGCCUUGUGCAGUUAUCUAUGGAGUAGGACGACUCUUUGAUCACUUGUUCAAGAACUAG